UGCAUAAUAUCAUCCAUCAACCACACAUUGUAAUCAAGAAAACACAUAACCAUGGCCACCCUCUACUCAAAUCCUUCAACUCUGAAAGUUGUUUUAGCAAGUUUGCUUCUCUUGCUAACCAUUAAGGUGAACUCAGUAGAAGGAGUUUCCUUCAACUUCACCAAGUUCACUGAUGAUGGUAGUCUAAUUCUCCAAGGUGAUGCCAAGAUUUGGACUGAUGGGAGGUUGGCCCUGCCCUCUGAUCCAUUGAUUGGCAAGACUACAAGCCGAGUCUUGUAUGCAACACCGGUGCCCAUUUGGGAUUCAACCACGGGCAGUGUUGCAAGCUUUGUUUCUUCCUUCUCUUUUGUUGUGAGUGAUGUCCCCGGUUAUAAAAUAUCUGAUGGACUUGUUUUUUUUCUUGCACCGUGGGGGACUACAAUCCCCCCCAAUUCAGAAGGUAAGAAUCUUGGAAUCCUUGAUGAAAAAAAUGGUUACAAUCAAUUUGUUGCUGUAGAAUUUGAUUCUUACAACAAUACAAGGGACCCAACAUUUAGACAUAUCGGAAUUGAUGUCAACUCUGUAAUGUCAAUGAAUCUUGUAAAAUGGAACAGGGUUUCUGGAGCACUGGAAAAAGCAAUCAUAAUAUAUGACUCUCCAACUAAGACAUUGAGUGUUGUUGUGACACAUCAAAACGGUCAAAUUACCACUGUUGCUCAACAAAUUGAUUUGAAAGUUGUGCUUCCAAAGGAGGUUAGUGUUGGUUUUAGCGCAACCACGUGGAAUACCCACCGUGAGAGACAUGACAUCCAUUCAUGGUCUUUCACAUCAACCUUUGAGACCAACUACGCCACUGAGGAGAACAUCCAUAUUAAUCACAGCUCUGCUUGAUUUAUGUUGUUUAUCGAGGUGGUGUUGAGUUCAGUAUAUGAAAUCUUAAAUAAGGACCAUGCAUGAGCAUGAGCAUGAGCAUGAGCAACGUUUAUGUAUAUAUGUUUGUGUUGAUGUAAUCCUAUGUCACUUCUCUGUACUAAGUGCUCUUCUCGCUAGCUAGCUUGGAUGAAUACAAGUUUAAAUAAAAUGUUCAGUUUCAAUUC